AUGUUUCCGUACGAUGUUUCCGUCAUCAUUCCGGCUAAAAACGCUGAGAAGUUCUUGAGAGAGACGUUAAAUGGGCUGCUAGCACAGACAGCAGUAGCGGAGAAUACAAAAAUUGAGAUAUGUUUAGCCGACGAUGGUAGUGUUGACGACACAGUCAGAAUUCUGGAGAACGCUCGCUUGGAAUUUGAAGAACUGGGCAUGAAAGUGGUUAUUUCCCAUGUCAAACAACCUGGCGGUGUUGGAGCAGCUAAAGAUUGCGCCGUCCGUUCUUCUAAAGGCCAAUAUCUAUGUUUCAAUGACGCAGAUGACGUCAGUGCUCCAAAUAGAAUAAAAUCGCAGUUGGAUCUCGCCAGGAAGCUCUCCAAGCCAAAUGAUGAUUUUGUUUUUGUAGGCGGUCAGUUCCAUAGAACUCCCGAUGGCUCCACUACGAGAUACACAAAUUGGGCAAACUCGAUGACUGGGGAGAAGAUCCGAAAGCAAGUGUAUACGUCACAUGGACCAACACUAGUUGCACCAACUUGGUUUAUCAGUAGAUCUCUUUUUGAUAAAGUCGGUGGAUUUCGAACAGAUGUUUCAGUAGGAUUCCCAGAAGAUCUCGACUUCUUCUACAAGUGUCUAGACAUCCCGGAGUGCGCUUUUGAUAAGGUCCCCGAAGGCAUUGUCAUGUACCGGUACCAUCCAAACUGUGCGUCGCAUAGUGUCACCGAGCUAACGAUUUGGAAUUUCCGACUGCAAAGACUCAAAGAGCAGUAUCUUGCUAAAUGGGACAAGUUCACAAUUUGGAGUGCUGGGAAACAGGGAAAACGAUUUUUCAAGUCUCUUGAUGAUGACGAGAAGACGAAGGUCCGCGAGUUUUGUGAUAUCGAUGAGGCAAAAAUUGGGAGAGGAAUGCAUGAGGAGUUUGAUGAGAGAACACGAACAGUGACGCAUAAAGUGCCGAUUGUGAAUAUUGAAACCGCAAAGCCGCCACUAGUGGUUUGCGUCAAAUUAGACUUGACGCACGGCGAUUUGGAGCGAAUAAUCGAGCGGAAGGGAUGGCGAGAGCAUGUCGAUUUGGUUUACUUUGGAUGA